AUGAGUUCAAACGUUGUACUCCCCCCUGCAAACGGUAAGAAAUUGUGGAGAGUGAAGAGAACAAACUCAGGAUCGUGCAAGAGCUCAUCUGCAUCGUCCUCAUCUCUCACAUCCGCCGAGUGUUUAAACAGUUCAUUGAAGAUUGCUGCUGCUGCUGCUGCUGCUGCUGCUGCUGCCAACUUUACUGUCAAAAGACCUCCAUUAAGAAGACCCAAAAACAAACCUGGAAAACCAAAGGAUUAUGUGUUUGUUGACUUGUCUCCUGUAAAGUCGCAAGACUGUGUGGAAACAGUAAAGGCCUCGCCUGUUGUACAGCAGGUCCCUUCGCCUACCCUUUCCACUGGAGAUUGCACAUCUGUUGAAGAGUCGCUAUUUGACUUGCCUGGUAGUCAUGAUGGUGGUGAGUUGGGUCUAGGGAUAAUGAAUUUGGGGUUUGAUUGGAGUCAAACACAACCGAUCCUGCAAGAAACCGUUGAUGUUACCGAGAGCUACUUGUCGCAACAGCUAUACGGGUACCAGCAAGCAAUGUUGCAGCAACAUCUUCAAAUCCAGCAAUUGCAACAGCAGUUGUUGCAGCAGCAACAACAACAGCAACAACAGCACCACCACCACCAGCAACAAGAUCCCCCCAACCAGCAGCAGGAUCCCCCCCACUUCACACCAAAGUUGAGAAAAAGAAAACAAGCUGCGGGUCAGCUUCAGUUUAAAACAUACCAACCAAAACAUAACAGGUCCAUCUCCGACGGCUCUAUCAGGAAGCCUCUGCACACUAAGCGCGCUUCAGUACACGAAAUACCAACACCCUCCUCCAUUUCCUCAUCGCAGUAUAUCCCCAUGGAAUACUCGGACUCUACCUCCUCCGACGUCAGUCUAGACGACUUUAUGAUGCUAAACGAACAAAUUGCAAUGAACCUACCCCAAGAGCAACAAUUGCACCCACUAACCCCUGCAUCGUCGUACUCCUCAGACGUGGAGCUUUUCCCGCUGCAAAACUUUGAGUUUGAGGAGUUCCUCUCUAGUGUGCUGCACCCAGAACAUUACCCUGCACCACCACUAAACUUUGCUCCAACAUGGACAUGA